GCACACUCAUGAUUCAUGAGCCGAAUACUGAGCAGAUAGUUGUAAAUGAAGGAAAGAGGAUUAAGCAACUUUUAAUAAGUUGUUUCAACUUUAAUGCAUUCCGAUUUCUCAUUUCCUAUAAUGUUGUCACAACAUUUUUUCUGGGCCACUUAUGCGUCAUCUUCAUUGCGGUUGCUGGAGUUAGCCCACCAUUUUUGAAUGUGUUUUCAAAAUGAUCAUUCUGAUUUGGUAGAGUGCCGUCGAGUUGUGGAUCCGAUGAUUUUCGAUUUCGAUCCGUUUCACUGUUUACCCUCCGUUUCUAAUUGCGUCAUAAGCGUGGGGACAGUCAUCCGUCUAAAUCUGAUGGUUUAAGAGGAAAAAGGUUUUCAGCUGAUCCGCGGACUGCACUUACAAAUACGGCUCGGCUGAAAUUCGAGCCGUAUCUCGCUACGUUAUCACAGCACCACCGCACGAGGCAGCUGCUUGCGGUGGUUCCCCCUUCAAAAGCCGUUUGCGAAGCCACCUCGUGCAGUGGAGCUGCUAUACCCUAGCGACGUACGGUUCAAAACUCGGCCGAGGCCUUACUGCAUUCUCCGGUGAUAGCUCACGUUCCAGGCCCUUGGACUCAUCACGUUCGAGGACAAUGCCGCCCGAUGUGAGGACAUCGCGUGAAGUGCAGAGUCGCAGACGAUGACGUGAAAACGGAGAAGGAACGCAGAGGGGGUCGGGGGGUCGCCACGCUACAAGCCAAAGGGAAUGCCCGUCGUCGUCCUUUGCAGCGAAGUAGACGAGCAUUUCUGAUUCGGGAGCACGGCGCGUGGUGCGCGAAGAUGCAAAAGUGCGGCUUCGGCGCCAAGUUCUUCAAGGUCAUCAACUGCCUGACGGUGGCGUAUUUUACCCUUCGGCGUCCGCAUCGACCUCCUCAAAGACGCCUACCGCACGAAGUCCAGUGUGAGCCGGAACUGCACCCGGUGGCCUCGUGGAAGCUGCCGGAAGUGGGCGGCCAGAUGCAGGUCUUUCAGACGGGCAACACCACCAUCACUGCGCCGAACGCGUUGAGUGCGCGCAAGACCCUGGCCAGCAUCUACGCCAAGCUGUACGAGUUCCGCAAGCCCAAGGACAGCGUCGAGCUGUCGCGGACGCCCUCGGGAGCGCGAAAGGGGCGGAAGCGCGGUCUAUCCAGCGGCGAGGCGGACGCGGAGGUGGUCGAGUUCCAGGCGGAGCUCAAGGCUCUCAAGCUGGCUGCCGACUGCUGACUGCAGGGUAGCAGAGUGACCGGAAUCAGUCGGAUGUUAAUUCAAUGCAGAUUCAAGUCACGUUGAAUAAAUUUGGUUUUUCUCGUGUGUUACGUUUGCUGCGAAAAUUGGUUACAAUUUUACUGCGUUUAAACAUGGCUGCCGAGUGUUGAUUUUGGGUAGCUGCCGUGUUGCACGAGCACGGCCAGCUACCAGUAGACAUGUGCUGGCAGACUGACAGUACGUCGGUCUAUCAUUUAUUGAAGAUACGCUUUUCUCGUAUACUUUUAAAGUCCGGUCGAAAACAAAAUUAUUAGAAACAACUGUAUGAAUUCUAUUUUGUUCUGCACAUUUUACUCAGG